GCAAUAAUGCCAGAGUUGUUUUUGGUGCAAGUGUUGCGGUUGGAAAAGAUCACUUUGAAACUAUUAUAAGAGACCGUCUCACUUUUGUUGAUAAAUCAAUGCUCAUAAAAGAGUUUAUUGAGAGUUCGGAUUUUGUAUCACUUAUUCUUCGUCCUCGUCGAUUUGGCAAGUCAACAAAUUUAUCCAUGCUAAAUCGCUUUUUUAAGAUACCAUAUACCCAAGAAGAAAAUGUUAACUGCAGUCAACUUUUUGAAAAACUGAAAAUUUCAACUGAAAAAGAAAUUAUGCAAAAACAUUUUGCGCAAUAUCCUAUCAUUCAUAUCUCUCUUAAGGAUUUAAACGCUGGAACAUGGGAUGAAAUGAAAGAAAAAUUAAGAAUACUUAUAGCUGAAAUUUAUAGUGAACAUCGCUACCUUAUUAACAACUUAUAUUCUGAUCAACAAAAGAAAUAUCAAAAUUUUCUCAACGAAGAAUCAACUGUACCACAAUUGUCAUUUGCCUUGCGGCAACUUUCCAUGUAUUUGCGACAACACUAUAAAAAACAAUGUAUUGUAUUGAUUGAUGAAUACGAUUCUCCAAUGGAAUGUGCCUAUAAUAAAGGAUAUUAUGAAGUUGCAAAUGAAUUUUUUAAAGGCAUGUUCUCAUCAUUAUUGAAGAGCAAUGAUGAAAAUGUAGCAAAAGCUAUGUUGGUUGAAAAUUUAUCUCCUCUUUAUGUAGAUAAGUUUGGAUUCACGUCCGAUGAGGUAGAAUUAUUAUUGUCACUGCGUAAAAAUUUGCAAAUUAAUGACGUUCAAAAGUGGUAUGAUGGCUACAUCUCAGGAGGGAGUACCCAUUUAUAUAAUCCGUGGUCUAUUAUUCGUCUGCUUUCACGUGGUAUCUUAUGCGCAUAUUGGACAGAUACGGGAAGUACUCAAACAUUAGAAAAAUAUCUAUGGAGAGCAAGUUGUUCAUUUAAGGAAUCCGUUGAAAAGUUAUUAAAAAGGGAAGAAUGGCAUAAUUGGGUGAUCAAUGUACCAUUUUUUACUCAAGGGCAAACUAUCACAUCAAUGUUAGACAAUCUUUUACAUGGAAAACUUGAUUUAUUUAGUAAAGAAUUUGAAAAUAUGAUUGUAGAUACACUUUCGUUUUAUGAUGUCAGGGGGUCUGAUUCUGGAAAAAAUGCAGAAUAUGCUGGUUUUGAAAGAUAUGAUGUAAAAAUAGUUCCAAAACCAGGUGUUAAUGAGACGGCUAUUAUCAUUGAAUUUAAAGUUGUUUAUGAUAAAAAAAGUUUACACGAUAUGGCUCAAGAAGGAUUACUUCAAAUCGAAGAGAAGCAGUAUCGAGUAGGCCUAGAAGAAAAUGUCAAAAAACUUUUGGAAAUAGGAAUUGCAUUUGAAGGGAAAAAAGCUUGUGUAUUGGGACAUUUAUUGCAUAGAACAGAGGAAGGUGCAUGGAACAAAGAUUACGAAAAUUUGAUUUCAGAUUAA